AAAAAUAGAUCUAUAAUGUAAAACACACGAGCCGUAAAGAAAAAAACCUGCAUGCUGCAGGUAAAAACUGCAUUGAACAAAAUAUUGUGCAUUAUUGAACAGUGAUUACGGGGAACGAAGAAGAUGGUGUAAUUUACAGUGUGCUGAACGUGUGUUGCGGUGUUAAAACAAAUUGCACAAUCCACUAAUAAAGAAUCUCGAACGAUUCGGCCGUAAAAUUGCUUGACCACCGCCCAGCUGCUCCUUGGAAAAAUCUGAAAAAUGAGUACCCGUCCGAGUCCGGCACCGUUCAAGCGUUCGAUCGACGGUCUCUUUAAUGCGUGGCUGGUGCUUCGGAAUCAAGGUCACGAAAAACCCCUCCGGAAUGCGCUGUACAACGUAAUGAUGGUGGCCGUAGUGGCAGUGGUCGUCGGUGUGACCCUGGUGCUGGCCCCCUUCUUCAAACCCCUGCUGUGGGCGUUCCUGUUCGGAGCCGUUCUGUUUCCGGCGAAAAAGCGCAUAGCGGAAGCUCUCAACCGAUGGAUCGAGCGCAUCGAGAAAGACGAAAAGUAUCUGGUGCUGGGUGUGUUGGGCGCUCCGGUGCAGGGCAUCGAUUCGUUGGGCGAGUUCCUGACCGAGUGGCUGCUGGGACAUCUCAAGAUCAUCGGAAUAGGAUUCGGGAGUUUGAUCUCGUUGCGACUGGUGGUGUGGGUUGCUCCUACCGAGGUGUUCCUUUCGCUUUGGAAUUUCAUCGUGUGGAAGCACUCGCUUUUUCGCGCAUUGCUCAGCUCGCUGACGUUGCAAAUGCUGGUCAUAAUCGUUGUGCUGUACGUUGUCAGCGUCUACAUGCUCUGGAAACCGGAGCUUUCGACUCCGUUCUUGAUCAUCGGUCAGCUCCUGUGGGUACUGAUCGUCGGCUACGGAUGCAGCUUCUUGGGAGCUCUUCAGGUUCCUGUAUUUCUGAGCUUGCUCACCUAUGGAGCCAUUGGGCUCAUCUACAAUCUACAAAAGGACGAGAAAAACGCUCGAUUUAUAGAUAAAUGGCACAGUCUGCUGGACGUGACCAGCUACCGUCUAGACGAUGGCAAGGUGGAACCCUCGGAAGGUUCCCGGAUCGAAGAACUCAAAUCAAAAAUGCAGCUGGACGUUAGCGCGACUCCGCUGUCAAGUACGAUGAAUGAUACUCGAAAUGCCACUAUCAACAGCACCAUGGACCGAACUCACGAAUCGCUGGAAAGCGAUAUGUACUUCAGAAUACUCUUCUAUGCCUGCGGGGCAGCUCUCAUCUGGAUGCACACCUGGAUUCUGUUCCUGGGCGUUAUUCCGAUUUUUCUCCACGUGGUCAAGCGCAUAGCGGAAUACCUGGGUCUGGUUCAGUGUGUCACCCAGCAAAUAAACGAUUAUUGGGAACUACUGAAACUCUGGUUAUUCCCACGUCACUCGGCCCUACUGCCACUGUGCCUGCCCGGGAUCCUCCGGGUUAACGCCAACAUCCAUAGGUACGCUUGUGCAAAAAUUCGAUCCUACAUCGACGACAUCAGCUCGAUCGUCAUGAUUGGGUUCCUCAGCGUGCUGGUCAUGCUGGUCAGUGUGUUUGCCUUUGCGCAAAUCUACUCGGAAACGAUCGCCGUGGCCCAGCUCGGAAGUAAUUUGGUCAAUCGGACGCUCACGCAUAGGCCGGAAUUGAUCGAGAUGCUGCCCAUCGGCUACAUCCUGUUGGUCAACCUAUUCUCUCAGCAUAUGUAUAGCGGUUAAUGCGAUUCCAUCAAUUUGUUUCAAAAUACAUCAACUUUUACGGGAACACAUUCGUAAAAAUGUGCACAAAUGAUGUACAGAGCUUGUACAGAGCUUAAAAGGACACUUAGAAAAUCGGCAAAAUAUAGAGGGAGUAAGUGAGAAAACAGUGUAAGCAGCAAACAGCAAACACGGUGGGGAUAUCACGUUUGAGCAUAUACAAAGAUUGGGUCAAAAAUAAAGAUCCUGCUAACCCACGUUUGGAUAAACGUAUAAUGAAGUUAUUUGAGCACAAGAAAAAACCUUCUAACUUACACCAAGCGGCAUAUGACCAAAAAGUUACCAUUUAGAAAUCCAAUGAUCAUCGUGGCAAAGAACGUUUGAAUAUUCGAUCCAAUAGUAAGCAGAAACAGCCAAAAUAUAGCCCGAAACAAGAACUAUCGAUCAACCCCAGACAACUGAAGAUUGGUGCGUCCAUACUUUCUGCCCGAGCAGGGAAUGAGAACAAACCUAUAACAAAUUGAAAACUCAUUUUGUUAUUGAUAACAAAAUGAAAUCAAAACAAGUUUUCGUUCCUAAUUGUUUUUAUUUAAUAUCAAAUUGAGAUAUCAGUUUGUUAUCAUUUCAAAAACUCAAUGAUAACAAAACUUGAUUUCAAAAAUCCAAAAUAGGUAUAAUAUGCUUUAUUAACAUUAAUUAUAUUAUCAAAAUGCUUGUUAAAUCUACCUGAGUAUUGUACUUACAUGUUGACACAAAAUUUAUAAUACCUUUUAAAGUUUUCCCGCGUAGGAAGGAUUCAUUGUACCUCCGUACAAAAAUGAUGAAUCCCGUGAAGUUUGAUACAGUUUUGAAAAUUACACAGAUAUUUAUCAUACAUGAAGAAAAUGAUGAAUGACAUUUCACUUAUUGUUAGGCCAAACGACUAUUAUGCCAGCUUAUGCCAUUUGCAUUAUGCCAAAAGACUAUGCCAAACCCGUUAGAAAUAAUGUAGUAAAAUAUUUUUUCCAAUCGGAUGUCUUUUUUGAAAUGUCAUCAUUUUUCCGCGGGUAACGAGGGAAAGAGCUGAGAAGCCGAAUGCGACUCAAUUCGUUGCUCGAUGUCAUUUAAUUUGAGUCCCGAUGCCUGUGGCUCUGGGAUGUCGUGAACAUCUCCCACAUUUGUUUUACUGCAGUACAUAUAAUCAGAAGGAAAAGCUGAAAUAUAAUUAUACAAAAAUAUUACGUGCAGUUGUCCUUUGACACCAAAUUUACUUUUCUUUGUCACUUCAAUGCCCAUCAGGGCCCUGUAGCAUAAUCGGGCUAAUAAUAUUAGCUACAAGUUACAAGUGCUAAUAUUACAAGUGCUAAUAAUUUGUGUUGCAUAAAGGCUCAAUUUUCCACUAAUAUUAUUAGCACUUGUAUUGUAUUUUUUACGAAUAAUCAGACUUUGGCGACGAAAUUGAACUCGCUCAAAUAUGGCACUAACCUAACAUUUAUGACACAUUUUCGCCUUCUUUCCCCGAUUCAGGCGAAACCAGCUGGUUUUGUUGUGAAAACAUAAACAGCUGGUAGCCGAGAACAAUAAGGCAUUUUAUGAGACGUUUCAAAUCAGCUGUUUUUUGAAUGUUUUCCAGUUUUGAAGUCCAACCGCUGGGCCCAUUUAUUUACAUUUUCGCUAGCAUAACAUGUGACACAGGCCCAUCAAAUAAACGGGGUUCAUUCAUCUGCAAAAAUGCGUCAAUCCGCCCACUAUAAUCAAUAUCCGUAGACCGUGGGGAGGUUUUUUUUAUCUGCUAGUGAUAUCAUGCACCUCGGGGGAUUGAUACAUGCCACAUUAGAAAUCAAAACAUUUCUGUCAGCAAAAAUCUGAUUGGCGCUCACCACAUGUUAUGCUACUUUUCGUGAAAACAAAAACAUCAAAUGUAAACAAUAACAAUGAGCGGCCCAUCGGUAGCACGUCUCGUAAAAUAGCUUAUAAGGAUGAACGUAAACAUCGGUGAACCAGCUGAUUUUGUUGUGUAAACAUGACCAGCUGGUGGACCGAGAACAAAAGACCUUAAUGGUAAACAUUGAGACGGCCGGCGAAAACUGUCAUAUUAUCGGGCGAGUUGCAAAAACCCUGCGACUGAGAUUGGCAGCGAAAUCGAAAGCGAAAUAUGAGUACGACGAAAUUUAUCGCAUCAAAGUCUAAGUCGAAAAAAAAAUCGCAAUAAUAUUAGUGACCAUGAAAAUACAAGUUGUUUUGGUUCAUUUAUCUGUCAAAAUUCAACCGACAGUUCACUAUUAUUUUGAAAUUGCAGUUGAUGUUUGUUUAUAUUCUGCAUUUUCCGCGUAACAUCCGGAAAUAACUUAAUUUAUUCCGAAGUUUUGCAUUCUUUAUACGAUAGAUGAAGAAGAGCAUGUGCUGUUUGGAUAAUUUUCGGCCGCUUUGACGAUUUUUUUUUUACAAAGUAUGGCACUGUAAGUACCUAGAUUUUUAGUAAAAUGUCCCAAAGACUUGAUAGUACUGGGCCCUGUAGCAUAAUCGGGCUAAUAAUAUUAGCUACAAGUUACAAGUUACAAGUACUAAUAUUAUAAGUGCUAAAAAUUUGUGUUGCAUAAAGGCUCAAUUUUCCACUAAUAUUAUUAGCACUUGUAAUAUUAGUGACCAUGAAAAUACAAGUUGUUUUGGUUCAUUUACCUGUCAAAAUUCAUCCGACAGUUCACUAUUAAUUUGAAAUGGCAGUUGAUGUUUGUUUAUAUUCUGCAUUUUCCGCGUAACAUCCGGAAAUAACUUCAUUUAUCCCGAAGUUUUGCAUUCUUUAUACGAUUGAUGAAGAAAAGCAGUGCUGUUUGGAUAAUUUUCGGCCGCUCUGACUAAAUAUUUUUGUACAAAGUAUGUGUAGUGUAUUAGCACUAAACGUCUCAACCUUCUCACACGUUACGUCAUACUUAAUCACACAACACCAAUACUAGCAAAGAUACCAGAUGUUCCUACCUCACAUGAACGACCUUGAUUUAGAGAUUGACAGGUAGCGAUAGGGAGAGAGAGAGGAGAUUAGUCAGGGACAGACGGAGGCGGAGGCGAAUA